AUGAUCAACCAUGUCUUGAAUUCACAUAGAGGUCGUCGAAUAAAAGAGUUGGUGGUGGACAUGCACAUCUAUGAAUGUGGCAAUUUUGAGAAAUGGUUCGAGUUUGCCCUAGCUAAGAAAGCUGAAAUAAUUCGGUUAUGUGGUAGGCUUCAUGACGAGGGUCCAUUUCUUAGACUUCCAAUUACAAAUGGAACUGAAUGCCUUAAAGAUUUGUAUCUAGGAUGCAUUAAAAUGACCGAUCAAGACUUUGAGCUUUUGAUUUCCAAUUGUCUUGCUCUUGAAUGUCUGAGAAUUAGAUCAUCUAUUGAGUUGCAAAAUGUCUCAAUUGUUGGCCAUUCUAAACUAAAGCAUGUUAGCUUAUUAUAUGUUUUGGAAGUUGAAUCCAUUGUGAUUCGCGACGCUACAAGCCUCAUUUCCUUGGCGAUCAAUUAUCUGAACACUAGAUGUGUCGUCCAACUGAGCAACAUUCCGAAACUUACCAAACUCAAUUUUGAAGAAAGCUCAAAUAAGCUCUUGCUUCUUGACCUCCUUAUCCAAAUUCCAUCUUGCAUACGCGACCAACUCCAACUAAUUUGCCUCUCAACUACAGAUAACUCUUCUUCUAUGUUUUCGGUGUAUAUGUAUGGUGAGUUGCCGUGGAUUGAUCUUGUAAAUAUAAAACAUCUAGAGUUGGUCCUUGAUAAGGGCGGGGCAGCGUACGUGCGUCAUUUGACUGAAGCAUGUAUUUCAUUAGAAAAACUUGUGAUAAGGUUUAUGGAUAUGCAGAGGGAAGAAGUUAUGGGCGUAAAUCAACUAGACAGAAGAUAUGUUGAAGGGAAUUGUGAGUUGUCGGUAAAGUAUUUGGAAAUCACUGGAUAUUUGGGUUUUUCAUGGCAAUGGCGAUUAGUUAUGUACGUCAUCAAUAGCGCCACAGCUUUUCAAAAACUUACUGUAGUGUGUUGCGAUCAAGAAGCAUUAGCUCGCGCAUGCCAUGAUUUUCAACACGCUCCCUCCGUUCACUACGUUACGGGUCCUAUUUUUAGAACACAUGCCGAGUUGUCCGAGUACUAUAGAGAGAAUAUGUGGUGGGCGGACUAA